AUGGUUGUUGGAUCCGCGAGCUAUCCAGGGAGGCAAGUGCUCCACAAAAUGCAGCCCAUGGGAAUGACCCCGCGCGAGUUGUCGGAGUACGACGACCUCGCGACGGCUCUCAUAAUCGACCCCUACCUCGGAAUAACGACUCACAAAAUGAACAUCAGGUACAGACCGCUGAAAACGAACAAAGAGGAACUCAAAAAUAUCAUUAAAGAGUUCCUCCAGACCCAGGACUACAACAAGGCUUACUCCAAACUGGCAAACGGUGAAUGGAUGCCGAGACACUUCAGCAAAAAUAAACACCAGCAAAACAAACUAAGAGAACACAUUUACCGUUAUCUUAGAAUUUUUGACAAGAAGGCUGGCUUUGUUAUAGAACCGUGUUAUAGAUAUUCAUUAGAAGGAAGAGUCGGAGCUAAGAUUUCAACUACUAAAAAGUUUUUCAAGCAUGAGAGAAUCGACUUCCUAGUGGGUUGUAUCGCUGAGAUGACCGAGGAAGAGGAGAAGCAGCUCCUUCAUCCGGGGAAAAAUGACUUCUCAGUUAUGUAUAGUUGUAGAAAAAAUUGUGCCCAGCUGUGGCUGGGACCCGCCGCUUAUAUAAAUCAUGACUGCAGGCCAACCUGUACCUUUGAAGCAACCGACCGGGGAAAAGCCUUUGUAAGGGUGUUGAGAGAUAUAGAGGUCGGGGAAGAGAUCACCUGCUUCUACGGAGAAGACUUCUUUGGCAACGGAAACUGUUACUGUGAAUGUGAGACAUGUGAGAGACGAGGGAAGGGAGCAUUUUCAGUACAGAAUGCUCACAACGACGAGCAGGCCACUAGAUACAGGUUUAGAGAAACAGAUAAUAGAAUAAAUAGGACUAAAGCGAAGCAAAUACAGAAACCUGCAAACAGUAAAAGCUCCGAAAAAUCAAUAGCACCCGCGGGACAGGUCUCCACUAUAGUGUCUCCGUUGAGUAUGAAGGAAAUGAAGCAGAAGGGUUUGACGAAGUACGACGCGGAGCUGUUGAUAGCACAAGGAUGUAUAGCGGACGUGAUGGACGGGAGCGGCAAGAAGGACGCGCCGGGGAGCAGGGAGUCCUCGGCCUCCAGUCGCGGGGAGAGGCUGCGGCGGAGAGCUGACAGCAGCCGACCUCUCAACGGAACUCAGGCUCAGUCGAGGUGUUGUAGCGUCGCGAGCUCGUGUAGCAGCCGCGACUCACAUUCAGGAAUAGUAUUAAGAAGUCACAGGCGACUCACUGAGUCCAGCGUGCCCGCCGUCUGUACGAAAGUAAGGAAUACCACGAAAGCCACAUCGGAAACGAAAAUAUGCAGAAAUCACAGCACACCGAAAACAGAACCGGAUCUACCGGAACCAGAAACGGAUACACAGACGGUGAAAACGGAACCUACUCAGGAACACGAGCCGGUGAAUAACGAUAUAGAGACACAUAUAGAAACUAGGAGUGGCGAUGAAGGAACGAACACAGGCGGGGAGUGUCACGAGAAUGAAUCUCCACCACAAGCGACAGAGACGCCUCCACCGGGACAUGUGAAGACAGAACCCGAGGACACGGACCCCGCGGAGAAACGACCCGGAGAGAGGAAGACUGUGAGCGAAGACGCGAGCAUCACGGAGAGUUGUGACUUCAGAGAAAACGUGAACCCCAGCGAGGACAAGGAAGGCAAGAAACAGAAGGACGAGAACAAGAAGGAGUGCGAGGGACAGUGGCUGGCGGACAAGUCCAACUGUGGGGGAGAGUGUCCCUGCACGCCGCCGCGACGGGGGCUCAAACUGACGCUGAGGGUCAAGAGGAGCCCCGUAGUGGAGGAGGAGGUGCCCGAGUACGAGGUGCUGCGGCUGGAGGGCGUCGACCCCGACACGGCGCGCCGCCUCAAGAAGAGACGCCGCUCCAAGGAGAGGAGGAAACAUAGCCCCGUCCGCCCGCUGCCGCCCAUGAAGAGGCUGAGACUCAUCUUCGGCAACGAGAGCCGCACCAUCGACCUGCCGCCCGCGCUCACCGCAGACUGA